GAGGGGCGGCGUGCGGGGAGUGUGCGAGGGAUGCUGGAGUGCGAGGGGUGGUGUGAGAGCAGGCGGGUGUGCAGGUGGGUGUGAAAGGAGCCGUGGGUGUGCAGGUGAGUGUGAAAGGAGCCGUGGGUGUGCAGGUGGCCGUGUGACCGGUUCUACGUGUGCAGGUGAGAGUGCGAGGGGCGAGGUGUGAGCGUGCAGGUGAGCGAUCGAGGGCUGGUCCAUGUUCAGGUGUGUGUGCAGGGUUUGCUCCGUGGGCAGGUGUGUGUGCAGGGGCUCAUCCGUGUUCAGGUGUGUGUGUUCAGGGCUUGGUCCAUGUUCAGGUGUGUGUGCAGGGCUUGCUCCGUGGGCAGGUGUGUGUGCAGGGGCUCAUCCGUGUUCAGGUGUGUGUGUUCAGGGCUUGGUCCAUGUUCAGGUGUGCGUGCAGGGGGGUUGGUUCAUAUUCAGGUUUGUGUUCAGGGGUUAGGCUCUGGGCAGGAUAUGGUCCAUGGGCAGAUGUGUGUGCAAGGAAUGGUUCAUGUUUAGGUGUGUGUGCAGGGGUUGGUUCAUGUUCAGGUGUGUGUGCAAUGGUUGGUCUGUGGGCAGGAUUUGGUCCAUAUGCAGGGAUUGCUCUAUGUUCAGGGGUCAGUCCAUGUUCAGGUGUGUCUGAUGGGGUCGGUCCAUGUUGAGGGUUUGGUCCAUGUUCAGGUGUGUGUGCAGGGGUCAGUCCAUGUUCAGGGGUCGGUACAUGUUCAGGUCCAUGUUCAGGGUUUGGUCCAUGUUCAGGUGUGUGUGCAGGGGUCAGUCCAUGUUCAGGGGUCGGUACAUGUUCAGGUCCAUGCUCAGGGUUUGGUCCAUGUUCAGGUGUGUGUGCAGGAGCUGGCCCAUGUUGAGGUGUGUGUGCAGGGGUUGGUCCGUGGGCAGGAUGUGGUCCAUGUUCAGGUCCAUGCUCAGGGUUUGGUCCAUGUUCAGGUGUGUGUGCAGGGCUUGGCCCAUGGGCAAGGGUUGGUCCAUGUUCAGGUGUGUGUGCAGGGGUCAGUCCAUGUUCAGGGUUUGGUCCAUGUUCAGGUGUGUGUGCAGGGGUCAGUCCAUGUUCAGGGGUCGGUACAUGUUCAGGUCCAUGUUCAGGGUUUGGUCCAUGUUCAGGUGUGUGUGCAGGAGCUGGCCCAUGUUGAGGUGUGUGUGCAGGGGUUGGUCCGUGGGCAGGAUGUGGUCCAUGUUCAGGGUUUGGUCCAUGUUCAGGUGUGUGUGCAGGAGCUGGCCCAUGUUCAGUUGUGUGUGCAGGGCUUGGCCCAUGGGCAGGGACUGCUCCGUGUGAGGCCCAGCAGGCGGCUGUCCCCAGCCCCUGUCCCCAGCCCCUGUCCCGCCGCAGCCGCCAUGGAGGUGAGCCACUCCCUGAAGGAGCGCACCAUCGCCGAGAACAGCCUGGUGAUCCUGCUGCAGGGCCUGCGCGGCCGCGUCACCACCGUGGAGCUGCGCGACGAGAGCGCGGCCGCGGGGCGCGUCACCAGCGUGGACGCCUUCAUGAACGUGCGCCUGGCCCAGGUGACCUUCACGGACCGGCGCGGCGCCGUGUCCCAGCUGGACGAGCUCUUUGUGACCGGCAGGAACAUCCGCUACGUGCACAUCCCCGACGAGGUGGACAUCCGCGCCGCCAUCGAGGAGCAGCUGCAGGCCAUCCACAGGGUGCGCUACUUCGGCGGCCGCGACAAGGGCCGCAGCGAGUUCCCUCACGCCAAGCACAAGUGAGGGCCAGGGUGGACGUGUCCCUUCGAUGGACUGCCAGCUCCCUCUGUCCCACCCAAGGAACGUUUUCCCCCAGGGGUUUGAGGGUGUGCUGUUCCCCCCACCUGCAGAGGAGCAGGACUGGUUUUUGUAGUGAAUAAUAACACCGCGUAAAGGCUC